UACAAAAAUUGGAAACAGAAAACGGAGAGCUGCAGGAUACCAUAAACAACUUAAAAAAAGAAAUAGAAGGAAUGAACAAUAUAGAACAAGAAAUACCACUGCAACAACAAACCAACAUCAUUCUGGAUCCUAAUAACAACGAGGAAGAUUCAACUUCACAUACCCAUGAAUCUGAAGAUGAAUCUGAUGUAACAAACUUACAAAACAACGAACUUACGAAAUAUCCAACAACACAGCCAUUCACUAUUCCAUUGCGUAUAAAACAGCACCUUGAAAAAAAAGUGAAUGAAAUAGUCUCAGAAGACUGGACAAUAGAUACUAUUAAAAAUUCGAAAUACACCAUAUACAAAUUCACAAGUGAAUUAAUGUCAUCUAUAUUCACCAAUGAAUAUUUAAAAACGCACAAAAGAUCUGGCAAAGGCGGAAAACCAGGUAAAGUCCAGCGGGAAAUAAUGAACCCAACAUACGUAGAAAAAUUAACAAGUAAUAACAUAAAACUAAUAAAUGUAUAAAUAAGUAUCAUUUUCAACUAAAUAAUUUAUAUUAGAAUACCUAAUUCACA